GUCACCAAAUUGUCAGGCGAGCCGGGUGGUUGUUAAGGAAAUCCCCCUCAGUCUGUCAGAACGCCCAGCAUGGCGCAACGCGAUUUGCCUAAAUUUCCCCAAACUUGACUUGCCCGAGCACGAAAAUCAAGAUGCAGCAGUUUUAAAGCCAAGCGCACGUGCGCUGUCCAUUAAAAUAGCAUGCGUGGUGACAAAAGCAUACAGAGAACAUCCAAAGCUAGAUCUCCAAAAUUCUCUGUAAAAAUGUCCCCUUUAAAGCCAAAACAUUCCUGGAGGGCGCCUGAUGUUUUUGUUUCGUUUGUCCUCCUGAACUCCAUGCUGGCUGUGGCGGUAAAGGUUGGAGGUGAGGGGUGAAAGGUCACUGUCAGGAGCCAACCCACCCCUUGACCCCCAAAAGCUACCAACCCUAAACCCACCUCUUCACUCAUCUCGGUCCCGAAACAGACGGGACCGACUGGAAGUGUGACAGAGUGAUGGAUGGACGGCGGGUUAAUACAGGCACACACGCACACGCACACACACACACACACCAAAGCCCAAAGGAAGGAAGGAUGACUAGAGCACACUUUGAGAGAAAAAACUGGAAAGCCGUAACGAGUGACAGAAACGACAAGGAGGAAAGGGGGGUGGGAUUGAGAGGAGGGUGGAGGGGGCUGCUAGUGGAUGGAGAGGAGGAGGAGGAAGAGUGGGUUGAGAGGAGGUCACGUGACCACACAGCAGCUGCAAGACUGAGGGAGAGAGAGAGAGACAGAGAGAGCAAAAGAGAGAGAAAGUCACAGAGGAGCAGAGACGACAAACAGGAGGAAGAGUGAGCAGGAGGGGGUGGGAAGUAACAAAGUCCGAUUGCUAUACUGAAGUGGAUUUGUCAGCUAUCGACACUGAGUAUCUGCACAUCUACUGAAGCAUGAGCCAUGAGUCCACCAAGUCGGCGUCUUUAGGAAUGGUCUCCACGGCGACUCGCACCACGGCCACCGUCAGUCCCCUUAGCCCUCUGACCAAUGGGAGCGCUCUCGCCCAGUCUGCCAGCUCUGGAUUCGCCGCCGCCCUGCGCAAACUGGCUAAACAGGCUGAGGAUCCCCGAUGUGAGUUGCAUGCUUCGGCCCUCAGCGGUGAGUCGUCGCCUGUGUCGUCGUCACCUGCCACCAGCCACAGCUCGCCGGUCAGCACCCCCAAGCGCGCCACACUAGGGCCCCUCUUGGCCCAGUCCCGGGGCCACGCCGUUGCCUCGAGCACCCCUCCCGUGGUCACCAUUGCUCCCACCAAGACCAGCAACGGUCUGUGGAGGGCCGACGGGCGACAGGUGGAACAGAGCGCUGCGAGGCUUGGGGGCGGCAGGGAGCGGGCAUCCGCCGACAACGCUCAUACACAGCACGACAAGAGGACCCCGCCCGUACCCCCGUCUCACCUGCUGGCUCACCACUUUGGACUCACACCCAGCUCGGUCAUGCAGGAUCCCCGCAUGCAAAGCCUCAGUUUACCUGGGCAGAUGCACCCUGCGGCUCCCUCAGGCAACAUCCCUGAGGAUUACCUGAGAUCGCUGCGUCCCUUCGCCACCCCCGACGACCUGCGGCUGACCUCUGUGCCUCUUGGUCUGGACCAUUCUGCCGCCGCCGCUCAUGCUGCCGCUGCCGCCGCCGCUGCUGCUUACUACCACCCAGGCUUCCUGCACCAUCCUUUGUCUUUACCCAGGAUGGAGGAAUCCUUGUGUCUGUCAGCACUGCGGUCACAGUUCUACUCUGUACCUGCCGGGGCAGCCUUCCCCGCUCUGCACGCCUCUGGCCUUCACUUGCACCUGCCUGGAGCUCGCUACCCCGGAGAGCUAAACCACAGCGUACUAGUCGAGAGGCUGCAGAUGGAGAAUGAGCUUCGCCAACGAGAGAGGGAAAAAGAGAGAGAGGAGGAAAGGGAGCGAGAGCUGGACAGACAGAAGGAGAGGCAGAGGGACAGACAGCAGCAGAUGGUCAGGGCUGCGGAGGGCCACGGAUACCUGGCCGAAAGGGCGACUCAGAGGGCGCCGUCGCUGGAGGACAGGGCCAGGCUAGUGGAGAGGCUGACCCCCAACAGACUGGAUAAAGCCAAGGAAUCGGAUCUCCCAUCGUUCCUCUCGCAUAAACCUCUGCCCUCCUCCAGGGGCUCUGUCCCACACCUGCUGCCCAGUCUGGUGCCUACUCACCUGGGCAAGCAUCACGUGGUGGGUGGUGUCAACGGAGCUGCCGCCACGACUCACAGGGCCAGCGAGGAGGCCUGGAUGAAGGACUGCAAUAGAAUUGGCCAUCCUAACCAAGGCAUCAAAGAUGCACCACCCUCCCUGGGUGCACCGCCUCCUCUCAUCUCCCCUAAACCUCCACAAACCACACUGUGGAACCCCGCCUCUUUUGUGGACCGCAGAAAGCCCAUCCCGCCGAUUCGUCCCCCUCCCAGCCUGACCAGAGCCGACCGACCCGACCUGAGCUGGGAGGAGAAGAUGGAGGAGGGAGCCCGGAGGAGGCCGGAGGCUCACGAGAGGUAUCCCUCUGCGAGGGAGGAGGCCUGCUUGUCCAACAAGACCGAGCAGGACCUCCUCCAGAGGCGCCAGGCCAACAACCUCUACCUGAGGCUGUGCGCGCCCCUGUCAGACCCCAACGCCGGCAGGGAGCGGCAGAGGGACAGCACGCUGGUGUACGACGAGGCACUCCAGCAGCAUCGGCGACUCCUCAGCAAGCUGGACCUAGAGGAGCAGAGAAGAAGGGAGGCACGCGAAGGAGGUUAUUACUAUGACUUGAACGACUCGUAUGACGAGAGCGACGAAGAAGAGGUGAAAGCCCAUCUGAGGAGAGUGACGGAGCAACCGCCCCUUAAACUUAAUACGUCCUCUGAGAAAGUGGACUUCCUACGCAUGUGCGGACUGGUUACCCGGGCUCAUCGCGACGAGCUCCUGCAGUGCAAGAAGAGGAAGCGAAGGCGGAUGAUGAGGGAACGCAGCACCUCGCCACCACCUGUCGUGCGGGGGAAGCGGAAGUCUCCUCCUUUGCCGGCCGCCGCACUGACCACCACGUACACCGCAGAGCAGAUGGACAGUGCCCCCGAGCUGCAGGAGAAGAAGGACUUUCUGCGCGCCUUUAAGCUCUCCCACGUCAAUGCUCAGCAACGAAGAGACAAAGAGAAGACUGAGGAGCUGCUGAAGGCCAUCGAGAAGAAAAUUGUGACGCUGGAUACGCUCCGAUACAACUCUGUAUCUCCAUGUAGCAGCAGCCCCCCUGCUGCCACGUCCUCAAUCGGAGAGUCAUCAUCAGCUAUACCUUCUUGUCAGUCAAACGGACAUCUUUAUCCAGACUCGCCAAGCCCCUCCCCUCUACAUUCACACAGAGCCAGACAUGUCCCCCACAACGACACUGUCAGGCAGCCGCCUCCACCCUUGGCGCCCCAUGACAAAGCGGCAUUCGCAGAGGCGCCACGGCCCAACAAGAAGCUGCAGCUGGUCCACAACGGCCACUUAGUACCUCCUCUGAAAAAAGAGCCCGGUGCGGUGGUGAAUGGUCGUGUCCAGCCCCGGGAGAAGUUCACAACCAAUGCCUUUGCUCAGCAUUUCCACCAGGCUGUGCUACAGUCCACACAGCACAAAGGGGUCUCAAAGCUGACCAAGGCUGAAAGCUCGCUGCCUCGCGACCCCUCCCCGCAGAAAACGCUUCAUCCGAAUCACGCCGCCCAGCGCGCUAACGGCCAUGGCACCCAUUUCCAUCAAGACAGUCAUGGGAAGCAACUGACCGACGUGGACGUAGAUGAGGGUGAAGACUCAUCUGGGGAUGAUGAUGAGGAGGAGGAUGAGGAACCCCCAAGGAAAUGGAAGGGCAUUGGAGCAAUUUUUGAGGCCUAUCAGGAGUAUGUGGAAGAGCGGAGUGUUGAAAGGCAGGUUCUUCACAGUCAGUGUAAAAGAUUGGAAGCGCAGAACUACAAUCUUAGCAGAACAGCAGAGCAACUCUCUCUCACCAUGGCGGAGCUGGUGAGCCAGAGACAGCGGGUGCGGGAGGAGCGUGACAAGCUCCACGCCCAGCUGGAGCACUUCAGGCGGUGUCUGACGCUACCCAGCAUACAUUGGGGCAACGCCCAUGCACCCAGGUGACCUCGAGACUCGAUGUCUCCAAAGACUACUUACUGGCUUUGCACUUAAAGUCAAUCCUUUUUACUCAAGCUACCCAAAAGAUUGGAGGUGGGUCAAAGUCAUAACCAGAUCUGAAGAGUUUGCACCCUUUCCAUGGAUCUAACCCAGUGCUCCUGAACCUUUAUUAAGCCAGGGCACAUAUUUUAUAUUUAAAACAAAAUGUCACAACACACCACCAAACAAAAACGUCAGGCACGUUGUACCUUCUGCCAUCUAGUGGAAGGGCCUUUAAUUGUUCUGCCUGUCACUCUACGUCUUCAGCGUAUAAAAAAACAGCAAAGAUACAUUACAUAAUCCCGUUAUUUGCAGUUCAUUUUACAUUUUCAUUAGAGACCCAGGCUAAUCGUAGUCCUUCUCCAAUGUAGCAUCGCGUACAAAUUACCUCCCAAAAUCCAUCCAUCUAUUUUCUGAGCACUUUUUCAAAUUUCCUCUGACCAAUUCCUAUUUACACAUGCCUUUUUCGCCAUCAUGUGGAGCAUAGGAAACAAAAAACGCUAUCAGUCAAUUUUCUAGCAAGAAAAAACACAGAUAAGGGAUUUGACAAAUACCUCAAAAAGCAGGGAAUUACUGGAUUCCAAGUGAAUAAAUAAUCUUGGGCACAAUUAAGUGAAAUUAGAUCAUUUCCCGUACCACACUUGAUAAUCUCAUGGAACAGUGGUUGGAAAUCGUUUGGGUAAAACAAAUAUUUUCAAUACACAUGACCAGGCUGAAUGGUCAAAGCACACUUUGGGCCUUAAAACAUAAAUGGGAUGCACUUAAACAUGAAACACUGGCAGAAAAACAUUCUUUCAAAACAGAAGACAAGUAUCGAACGUUUUUGGGGGGGGCUUCAUAUAUUUAACAAUGGUACUUGUGAUAGAUGAAGAAUUUUUGUGAUUUAAUUUCACACAAAAAAAAGAGACAGAGAAGCCAUACGGUGUUUUUUAAAAUGCUGCUGGUCAGGAAAAAAUAAAUAAAAUGAAGGAUGUGAUAGCAUUAAUUUAUUAAUUGUUGGGGAGCUGGUUGCCAUGACAACUGUAUGACCAUACUACCUUUACAUGCGGAUAGAACUUGAAGAAACAUCCAGUUAGCGUCAACAUUGUUGUCCAAACUUUCUGUUAUCACCCAACAUGUAUAGCAUAUAAUUUGCCUUUUAAUUUGAAAUAAUUUAUUAUCUCAGAUGGACAAUGUCAACAAUAGAAACGUGCUUAUUUGUUUGAAUCAGCUGUUAUCUAAUGUAUGUUGGGGGACGAUUGGGGGGGGACUGUAUAUUUGCAGUGAAUUAUUUAUUGACAUAUUGCUGUACUGUACAUGAAAAUAGAAAUUUGCAUUAAAAUGUUGCUUCGUUAUUCUAUUUACAGUUGGUUAUUUUUGGAUCUCCUGAUGACAUCAACGCACAACAUAAAGGAACCAUAAAUGAUGGCCUAUUUAUUCUGUUAUUUUAUUUGUUAGCUUGAAUGCCUCCCACUCUCCCCGUAAUAAUUAUGAAUCGUUAUUGUUCAUCAUGUUUUAAAGGAAGAACCAAACCUGA